UUUGAUACGAUUUUGUUGUGAUUUUGUUCUCUCAUUUAAUACAUAUAAUUUUUAGUGUACAUAUGCUAAUAUUUUUAGAAAAACCUAAUUAAAUAAAACGUACACCUGUAAAUUGCGAGAAAACUAGUCCUGAUGGUUAACGACAAGGAUACGAAAGCAAUCAAUUCGAAAUGUAGUGUUUGUGAUGAAAAAUUUAACAACAUUCAAGAGUGUCUCAAACAUGAACUUAUGAAACACAGUAUACAUAAGAAAAAACAUCCACAAAAUCGUGUUCAAAAACGGCUCAAUGCUACCGCUAAAUUUUUAAAUGCUGACGAAAAGAUCACACAACGCUCCCAGUUAAAAAACGAGUUGAAAAAGUGCAAAAAUGGUGAAGAAUUGCAAGCGAUUUUUGAGUUGUUCUGCAUGAAAACCGACAGUUUGGGUUUGAUAUUCACGCGCAUACAGACGUGCAUGGAAAGAGAGCUGAGACCCGCGGGUAUUGUGAGAAUUUAUCCGUUUGGUUCAAUAGCAAGUGGUUUGGCUUUAAGAGACUGCGAUAUCGAUAUAUAUUUGGACGCCUCCGGCAUACACGUUUCGCCUGUACACAAAAACUAUAAGGAAAAGAAAGAAGAUGCCAACUACCAGCAACGUUUAGCUUUCAAUCGCAUUAAUAAUCUCUUGCAUCGCAGUCCACAUUUCACCGAUGUAUUUGGCAUACGUGGAGCUAGAGUGCCCAUAAUAAAGUGUAAACAUAAAGAUACUGGCUUCAGUAUCGACAUAAACGUUUCAUGCCCCAGCAGCCGAGAAAAUACACAAUUCAUAUAUGAGUUGGUCCGAAGUGAUUUCAGAAUACACCAACUAAUGUUGUUUCUAAAAUUAUGGGCUAAAAACACACAAAUCGUUGGUAGAGACAAUAUGACCAGCUACUGUUUAAUAACCAUGGUUAUAUUCUACUUGCAACAACCAUUGUUCAGUGAAAAGCAAACGAAAGGAGACUCGGACUUGCGUAUUCUGAAAUCGAUUAAGGAAUUGCAAGAGAAUUGUCAGUUUCAUAUGGUUCAAGGCAUUAAUUAUGCCUAUAAUUUAAGUCACAAAGAAAACAAGCCAAAAAUAUCCCCAACCGUCACCACCUGGGAUCUAAUAAGAGAAUUUUUUAAUUUCUAUAAAAAUUUCGAUUUCGAAAAUCACGUGAUCUCUCCCUACUAUGGCAAAUCAGUGGAAAAGACAAAUUUAACGCCCGCUAUAUGCGAUGAGUACUAUAAACAAUUGCGUACCAUAACACAGUAUUUGGAGGGUGAGCAGGCCAAUGACUUACAAAUCGAUCGUUGUAUGUGUGUGCAGGAUGCCUUUUGUCUCAAUCAAAAUACCGCAAAAAAUAUACUACCUCAUAAUAAGCAAUAUAUAAUGUUAUGUCUAAAGAACGCCCACAAAAUAUGUGAAAAUCCCAAAAAACUAAAGUUGGGCGAACUGUAUGAACAGCUCUUAUUUGAGACCAUCAAAGUAACGGACAAUAUCAAAGAAACAAAAGAAGAAAACAAAACGGAGUUAAAGACGAACUUAAAAUUAACAUUAAUCACAAAUCCCUUGAAUACUGCAGCUAAUAAUAAUAAUAAUAAUGAAGGCAAAUUGAUAUAUACUCUUAUACCAUCUAAAGCGGAUAUACGCUCACUAUUUUCCCAUUAUCCGGACAUUAAGGGCGGUGAGACCAUUUUGCGCCGCUGGUGUCAACAAUACAUUGAGGCUAUUGAAACCAUUAUGACCAAAUUGUAUCGCAUGGACAUGCAAAAACAUAUAACAGCUCAACAAAAACAACAGAAGCUGGAGCAAGAUGACAAAGAGCUAAAUCAAGCUUGGCUUAUUUCCUGCUCAAUUGAUUUGUGGACCAAUCGUUGUUUUCAAAAAAACAUACAAACCUCAUUUAUGUCCUAUCAAUUGGAACAAACCGAACGUUUGCAUAAUCUCAGAAGACAAGAUCCCAAAUUUUCAGUUACAUUUAAUAGUAUUUUAAAAGUCAACACAUUAGCCAAUUACAAGGGCAUCGAUAUACAAUUGGAUGUGACAGAUGGUGCUAAAAUUUCCAGUCUAAAUAAAAAGAGUCCUUUGCGCAAGUUUUUCAAUGUUUUCAAGAAUACUUUACAAAGUUGCAAUUUCAAAGAGACUUUGGCUAUUAAUACCACAAUUGCUAAAGAUGUUAAUGAAACUAUAAAACCAUCAUCACCUGAGGAUGCAACGUCUGCAGAGGAAGUAAAAGCCGAAAAUGCUGAUAAUUCGUAAGAGAUAAAAAUUAAAACUACUGUAAUAUUUAUUUUAAAACAGUGUUUUUGUUUUGCAAUUAAAUUUUACUUUAUAAUUAAAAGUAUUUGUACAUUUAAAACAA